AAAUAUAGACUUGCUCUAAAAUGAGGUCCUUUGAUGAGGUUUGUUUUUUCUCUGCAGUGUAGAUCUGUAAAACUAGAGUAUGGGGUUAUUUGAGGAUAUUGCUGUAACUGGUCAUACUGUGGUUUGAAAUCUGAGGUUAUGGUAGUGGAGUUCUUUGAAUCCCAGGACUAAAUUGUGACACUGUCAACUGCUAUCCAGAUGGGAUGUUACCUACCGGAGCAGAACGGCAAAUAAAUAUAUCAAGAGGAUCCAGAAAACCUGUUCAAUAUUUCAACUCACCCUACAAGAACAGCUCUGGGAACUGUCAACCUAUCAGUUUCAUUGUAAACAGCAAGAGAUUAUUGGAAAGUAUCUCAUCAGCCAAGUUCUCAAUAUGUCAAGGCAGUUGCUAGAUGAAGGGCAUGAGGAUCCAGCAGAAUAUCGCACAGGAGGUUACCAUCCAGUGAAAUUAGGGGAUGUUUUUAAUGGAAGGUACCAAGUAAUGAGAAAACUGGGCUGGGGCUAUUACUCAACAGUGUGGCUUUGUCAGGAUCUGCUAAAAAAUAAAUUUGUGGCAGUAAAGGUGGCGAAGAGUGCAUUGGGGUUUUCAGAGGCAGCGCAGGAUGAGAUCAGGCUUCUGAAAUGUGUGAGAUGGAAAUGCUCAAAGGACCCAGGAAAAGACCGAAUAGUCCAGCUACUGGAUGAUUUUAUUAUAGUUGGUUCAAAUGGUGUUCAUGUGUGCCUGGUUCUCGAGCUGCUUGGGGACCACCUUCAUCGAUGGAUUCUCAAAUCAAAGCUGCAGGGCCUGCCCAUGACAUGUGUCAAAAAGAUUAUCCAACAGGUUCUUCAAGGUCUUGACUAUCUACACACAAAAUGCAAAAUCCUGCACACAGAUAUCAAACCAGAGAAUAUCCUUUUGUGCGUCAAUGAACAAUACCUCAGUCACUUGGCAGCUUCUCUAGAACAGGAAGUGGGAGAAGCACCUCUGAGAUUAUCAGAGAUAAUGCAAGCAAAGCAAUCACUUGUAAACCCUUUGGACCCUAAACAUGCUGAAGAAAUAGGCGUGAAAAUUGUGGACCUUGGAAGUGGCUGCUGGACGUUUAAGCACGUUUCGGAGGAGAUCCAGACCAGACAGUAUCGUGCACUGGAGACUAUCCUUGGAGCUGGCUAUGGGUCCCCUGCUGACAUAUGGAGCACAGCCUGUAUGGCAUUUGAGCUGGCAACAGGCGAGUACCUAUUUGACCCUCGACCUGGAAAGACUUUCACUCAAGAUGAGGACCAUGUUGCACAUAUUAUUGAACUGCUGGGGAGAAUCCCAUUGAAUUGUGCAUUAUCUGGAAAGUACUCCAAAGAAUUUUUCAACCUGAAAGGUGAGCUACGUCAUAUCAAGACACUAAGACACUGGGGAUUGUACGAUGUCCUUGUAGAGAAAUAUGAGUUCCUCUUGGCAGAUGCAGCUAUAUUUUCAGAUUUACUUCAUCAAAUGCUCAAGUUUAUACCAGAAGAACGGGCAACUGCAGCAGAAUGCCUCAAACACCCAUGGCUGGUGAUUUAAGCCCCUGAAAACCUUUUCUUUCCAUUUUCUCAGAGAUAGUAAGAACUGCCAAUGCUGGAGUCAGAGAUAGCACAGUGUGGAGCUGGACGAACACAGCAGGCCAGAGAGCAUCACAGGAACAGGAAAGCUGAUGUUUUAGUUCGGGACCCUUCUUCAGAAAUGAGGGAGGGGGAAGGGACCUCUGAAAUAUUUCUGAAGAAGGUUCCCGACCCAAAAGUCAGCUUGCCUGCUCCUCUGAUGCUCCUGGCCUGCUGUGUUCCUCCAGCUCCACAUGGUGUUAUCUCUUUCCAUUAUCUGCUGUAAUAAAGGUAUAACUUUCUACUGGGUAUGGAAGUUGCUGGAUAACUGAGGAUUUGCAGCAUUUGGUCCAAUGUGUCCUGUUCAAAAAUAUCCUCAAGACUUUGGA